AUGUACUCAUUAAAAAGUUCAAAAGAGUCUACACAAGAUUCAAACAUAACUGACAAGAAUAUACCUGCCACAACGCUACCUUUCUCCUCACCGAAAUUUUUAUUCUCUCCUAUUUCCUAUUUAUCAAAAAAAGUUCGUGAUUUCUUGAUAAAAACGUUACAACAUGGACCUAUUCCUCAACACAUUGGAUUUAUUAUGGAUGGUAAUAGAAGAUUUGCAAGAAAGGUUAAAGUUCAAACCACAAAAGGACAUUAUAUGGGUUUUGCCAAAAUGGAAGAGGUGUUGGAUAUUUGUUUACAACUUGGAAUAAAAGUUGUAACUGUAUAUGCAUUUAGUAUAGAAAAUUUUAAACGACCAAAAGAGGAAGUGGAUGGACUUAUGCAACUGGCCAAAGCUAAAUUAAUAGAAUUGUGUCAGAAUAGUCAGGUAGUGAAGAAACAUGGAAUUAGCAUAAGAAUAUUGGGAAAUAUGUCGUACCUUCCGCAAGAUUUAAGGGAAGUUAUGGAAGAAGCCAUCGAAACGACCAAAGAUAAUGAUCGAUCUAUAUUGAAUAUAUGUGCUCCUUACACUUCAAGAGAUGAAAUUACAAAUUCUGUAAAAACAAUUGCGAAAAUGGUAGAAAAUAAACAAAUUCAUAUAGAGGAUAUUGAUGAAAAUUUAAUAGAACGAUGUUUAUUUACUCAUGGAUGUCCUCCUUUAGAAAUACUUAUUCGAACAUCAGAAUUGUUUUUGGCCCGAAUUUUCGAUUUGGGAGAUGUUACGAAUCAUUUUAGAGUAUCAACUUAUUUAUGA